CUCUCACCAUAUAAUACAGAGGCUCUCUCUCUCUUUCUCCUCUCCUUCCCCAACCGUUUCGUCAAAUAAUAAAAUAAAAAACAUUCUAGUCAUUUCUUUGUUUCUCCAUUAAUGGAGUCUUUAUUAUCGCGUAAGGUAAAGGGACCAUGGAGCCCCGAAGAAGACGAGAAAUUACAGUCUCUUGUCAAACAACACUCAGCUAGGAAUUGGUCUGUCAUAAGCAAAUCAAUUCCUGGAAGGUCAGGUAAAUCUUGCCGUCUACGAUGGUGUAAUCAGCUCUCUCCUGAAGUUAAACAUCGUCCGUUUACCGAUAUGGAGGAUCAGAUCAUAAUCGACGCCCAUUCAAAACACGGUAAUAAGUGGGCCACCAUUGCUAGGCUUCUCGAAGGUCGUACGGACAACGCAAUCAAGAAUCACUGGAACUCGACUUUGAAGAGAAAGUGUUCGUCGACGUCUGAAAACGAUGACGGCGACGACGAUGAAACAUCGAAUCCGUCUAAGAAAAGGUUUGCCGGUGGCGGCGAUCGUCCGGUUUCAGUACAGCGAAACUCUUGUAGCUCCGGCGGUAGCGAAUCCGAAUCGGAUGAUGCUUGUGAUGUAAUUUCGAACGGGACAAACUUUUUUCCGGUUUAUUCUCAACCGCUCUUGAAUCGAUCCCUUAGUCCACAACAACAUGUUGACAAUCAGAGCGAAAGCUUCAACGAUCCGUUCACUCAACUGACGUUGUCAUUACCUGGAAGUUCGAGUAAAUCUGAGAAGACGAAUAAGUUGAACUUUGGACCCGAAUUCACGAGAUGGUUGCAGGAGACGAUAAGGAAGGAAGUAGAAGAUUACAUGGCUAACAUAGUUUGAGAAUCAACAGCAUUGCCAUUGGUAUAAUUACUAAGCUCGAUUCAACACAACUUAGCUACUCUUUUUUUGCACAGAAAGAAUCAGAUUUAAAAUUAGGGAUUCAGAAGAGAUAGAUAUAUUGGCUGUUCUCUGCCAUGGUUUUUUUCUUUUUCUUUUUUUGUUUAUUUUUUAUUUUUUAAACUUUAAAUAAUUUUGAAUUGUACAUAUAUUAGAUGAUGAGAAACACUUGAGCUCGAAGAAA